AUGUCAGCACAACCGUCCGGGCGGCUCAAGGACCGCAUCGCCAUCGUUACAGGCAGUAGUUCCGGGCUAGGGCAAGCGAUCAGCCUCGCGUUCGCGGCCCAAGGCGCCUCGGUGUUCUGUAUAGAUCUGUACCCGAGCCCGCGCAACGGCUUCAACGCGACGACGCAGCGGGCCGACGACUUUCACGUCCGCGUGUCCGGGCAGCCCGGCACGCACGAGCUCAUCCGCCAGCAGGGCGGCGAGGCGACGUACCACAAGGCCGACGUGAGGCGGGCACGGGACGUCGAGCUGGCGGUGCGCGCGUGCGUCCAGCGCUACAAGAGAGUGGACAUCAUGGUCAACAACGCCGGGGUGAGCGUCGAGUCGACGCACGUGCGGCCGCUGCGCUGCCACGAGACGAGCGAGGAGGACUUUGACAAGACGCUCGCCAUCAACGCCAAGGGCAUGUUUCUCGGGUGCAAGUACGCCCUGAAGCAGAUGAUCGACGGCCAGGACCAGGUCUACGCCGCGAGGGGCUGGAUCAUCAACACCGCCAGCGUCCAGGGCCUCGUGCCUUACUACGGCACCCCGAGCUAUUGCGCGAGCAAAGGCGCCGCCGUCAUGUUGACCAAGCAGGUCGCCUUGGACUAUGCGAAGGACCUGAUCCACUGUAACGCCCUGUGCCCGGGGUUCUUGGAAACGAGCAUGACCCAGAAUCUGCAGGGUCAGGUGGACGUGCUGGAGGAGAUCAGUGGCAAGCAUCCGUUUGGCGGACGGCUGGGCAAGGUCGAGGAUGUGGCGAAGGCCGCAGUGUUCCUCGCCACUGACGAUGCUGCGUGGAUUACGGGCGUACCGUUGCCAGUCGACGGUGGGUAUCUGUUAAGAUGA